AUGGGCACCUCGAACGGUUAUUCCACGAACUAUCAGUAUUCGUAUUCGUUUGCAGAUUCACGGCGAGACGUCUCUUACUGUUGUGGUUCUUGUGGCUAUGAUCUGAACCUCAACUCGUCCAGCCGAAACACAUCGACCAUUGGUUCGAAAUACGGAAAGUUUAUAAUAAAAGGGAUCAUCUCUUUUUACACUAUCGACGAGAGCAGAUUCAAUCAAGUCCAAGAUUUCAGUUGUGUGCCCUAUUUCAUUUCCAAGCACUUCUGGGGCUUUUUCCGUAAAAGGACCAAACUUCUGUGCCGAAAUUGUGGGAGCCUUAUCGGUAUAGCCCGUGACGUGAAAGAUGACUCGUCUUACCAUCUCAUAACAAACGGGACGGGCCCACACUCUGCGGGCCCAAUCUCUACUAAGAGAAAGUAUGAUAUCAAGAUUCGUUCCCUGCAGCCCUCGUCUGCAGGUUUCGGUACGCCUCUUGUCCUGUGA